UUUUCUGUUCACAUUUUUUUCUCCCAAAAUUCUUCACUUCCUUCUUUCUCUCUCUAAAAGCUCUCAUUUUUUCUCUCUCUAAAGCCCCUUCUCUCCUCUAUCUUCACGAGAAAAGUUUCUCUCUAAGAAUUCAUGUCGGACAAGGGUCGACCAUUGCCAAAAUUUGGUGAAUGGGAUGUCAAUGAUCCUGCAUCUGCUGAGGGAUUUACUGUGAUCUUUAACAAGGCAAGGGAUGAGAAGAAAACAGGUGGCAAACCUGAGUCUCCAGCAAAGUCUGAUACUCAUGUUAAGUCUGGAGUGGAUCCUGGCAAACCCCAGCCUAAAAAAUGGUUUUGCUGCAUUCAAGCCCCAGCUGCGGAAUCUUGAUGAAAUCCUGCCUGUAUAAGAGCUUCCACAAGUAUGUUCAAGCCCCACCAUAUAUUUCUAAACAAGAAUGGAUCUAUAGGGCAGUGAUAAGCCCUUCUGGAAUUUGUUUUUUUUGUGGUGUAAAAUUUAAUUCUGGUGGGACGAAAGAGCAUAGAAGACAAACACUUACUGUAUCUAUAUGUACUGAUUUGGUGGGUUAUUAUUAGAAGCUGAGUUAUUUCUUCUUGUCUUUGCCUUCUCUGUGUUAUAAGCUGUAGAGCUUUGGUGUGACAUAUUCUUUCUUCAUGUUAUACAAGUGAUUGGCGUGUUUGUGAAAA